AUGUCAGAAAAAUCCCAAGUCCUGCUUGUCGGCUGCGGUGGUGUGGGAACUAUCGCAGCGCUAAACCUAGAAACUGGUGGCCACGCUGUUGUAACAGCGGUCCUUCGGUCAAAUUAUUCAAGAGUCAUUUCGGACGGAUUCAACGUCAAAUCUUGUGACCAUGGAGAUAUUCCCAAUUGGAAACCUAGCAAAGUGGUAAACACAAUCCCCACGCAGGUUGAGAUGUGCUUUGAUUAUGUGGUUAUCACGACCAAAAACACCCCAGAUCAUCCACCAACCAUGGCAGAUUUGAUCGAGCCUGCUAUUGUUCCUGGGAAAACAGUCAUUGUUCUCAUUCAGAAUGGGUUGAAUAUCGAAAAGCCAUUCCUGGAGAAGUACCCCGACAAUAUAUGUCUCUCUGGUGUAAGCUUGAUCGGAUCCCAUGAAACAGCACCAGCUGUCAUUGAGCAUGAAGACCCCGAUCGGCUUAUUAUCGGUGCAUUCCGAAAUCCAUGUUUGCAUAAAGAAACGGAGGAUGGUAUAGCUCAUCACUUUGUCAAGAUGUAUUCUGGAGGUGGGAAAACAGAUUGUACCUUCACCUCUGAUGUUCCAUUCCAUCGAUGGCAAAAGCUGGUUUACAAUGCAUGUCUGAAUCCGAUUUGCGCAAUAACAGGAUUAGACACAGGGCGCAUUCGGCUUGCGGAAGACACUGUUUCUACUUUGGUGCGACCUGCAAUGCAAGAGGUUGUGGCUGCUGCAAAUGCUGUAGGGGUCAUUCUUCCUUCGGGCAUUGAGGAUCGAAUGAUCAAUAUAGAUCCUCUGACCAUGUAUCUCCGGCCAAGCAUGCUGGAGGAUGUCCAAAAGGGCAAUCUUGUUGAAUUUGAGACCCUCGUCGGGGAGCCGUUAAGAGAAGGGUUAUCACGCGGGGUGUCAAUGCCAGUAUUGUCAGUCUUGUAUCACACCCUGAAGGCCAUGCAAUGGAGGUUGAAGGAGCAACGGGGAAUAGUCGAUGUUCCCGCAAAGGGCGAAUACCUCAAGGAUGGCUCGAAAUGA